AUGUCGCCGCCUCAGUCGGCUCGAGGAAAUGCUCCUCCACACAUCCGCCUCAAUUCAGGCACGCACAACAUAGCCCACGACGUCGAAGCACAGCGACCCACCUCCUCACACUCACGGAAAAACCCUCCAAGGUCCUUGACCGCCGCUCCCUACCGCCCAGGCACCGCUCCCGGCUCCGUUCAAAGUCCUGGCCUGCCGUCACCCCUAGGCUCCCCUUCGCUCUAUCGAAAUGCAGGCGUCGCAGAAUCCGCUGAACUGCUGCUCCCGCCCAAGAAGUCGAGGUCGAAAGCGUAUCGCGACGAGUCGCCAUUGCGAUCACCUACAAUGUCGAGGCGCACCAGCUGGAGUUCCGAGUCCAUCCAUAGCCACGAUUCGAGGAUGAGCCCAUUCGCUUCGCCCUUCGACGACUCGCGCGCCCCCUCGCGCGCAGGCAGCGAUGAGGAGCUGAACACGCAGACGGUGUCGGAAAAGUACAAUAUUCUUCCCUCCGCUGGACUCUUGUUGUUUCCCGAGGAUGUAGAGAAGGACGAUUAUCUGCACAAUCCUGACCCCAACGACAAGGACAGAGAUUGCAAUGUCUUCACCAAACGUGGUUUCGUCAAUGUCGGAGCUCUGGUCAUUCUUUCCCUGGGGCUGCUGGUGUUGUUCAUCGGUUAUCCCGUACUUACCUUCGUUCACAAACUCACCGAACCCGAGAUUGGACCCUGCACCCGCAACCCACUGUGCAUUGAGGGAAUGCAAGACCAGCCGAAUCUGAAGGGUCUGCGCACCAGCCUCAUUGACCCAGAUACGCCGAAAGAAUUCAGGACGCGAACAUCGUCAGAUGGAACCAAGCAGGUGCUUGUGUUCUCCGACGAAUUCAACAAGGCCGGCCGGACGUUCUACGACGGCGACGACCCAUACUUUCAGGCCGUCGAUAUCUGGUACGGUGCGACACAGGAUUUGGAGUGGUAUGAUCCCGAUGCAGUGAUUACGAAAGACGGCGUUCUCGAGCUCCAAUUCGAUAACAUCAGGAACCACGGCCUCGACUUCCGCUCCGGCAUGAUCCAGUCGUGGAACAAGCUCUGCUACAAGGGUGGACAUUUAGAAGCUAGUAUUUCGCUUCCUGGACGAGGCGACACCAUUGGAUUCUGGCCCGGUUUCUGGACGAUGGGUAAUCUUGCUCGUCCCGGCUACUUGGCGUCAACAGAUGGACUGUGGCCAUACAGCUACCAUGACGAAUGCGACUACGGCAUCACUCCCAACCAGAGUUCCUACGACGGCCUCAGCUACCUCCCCGGAAUGCGACUCCCCGCCUGCACAUGCAAGAACGAGGACCACCCCACCCCGGGCAAAUCUCGCAGCGCUCCCGAGAUUGACGCACUCGAGGGAUCCGUUCGAUUCUUGGGGCCGGACAGCACCCGGGGUGUUGGUCAGGUCUCCCAGAGUUACCAGACUGCGCCUUUUGAUAUCUGGUACCGAGCCGAUUCAGAUUUCAUGGAAGUCUACGACCAUUCCAUCACCGAGAUCAAUGCCUACCAAGGAGGACCCUUCCAGCAGGCCGUGUCCGGUCUCACCAAUUUGAACAACGACUGGUACAACGGCAAGCAGUAUCAGAAGUAUGCUUUCGACUACAAGACCGGCAAGAAUGGAUGGAUCACCUGGUAUGUCGGUGACGACAAGACCUGGACGCUGGAUGCACGUGCUUUGGGACCCAACGGAAACGUCGGACGUCGAGUCAUUCCCGAGGAACCAUUGUCCAUCAUCGCCAACUUUGGUAUCUCGAACAGUUUUGCGUACAUCAACUGGGACCUCAUCAACAAGACCAUUCCUGCCACGAUGCGAAUCGACUACAUCCGCAUCUACCAGGACGAGGGCAAUGAGAUCGUCACUUGCGAUCCUGAGGGAUACGAGACGACCGGCUACAUCAAGAAGCAUCCUGAGCCCUACGCAAAUCCUAACAUCACUCAAUGGAAACAAGCUGGUUAUGAUGUUCCCAAGAACACUCUCAUGCAUGGUUGCAAAUGA